GGCGGGAGGAGCGGGCGCGGGCCGCCGCCGAGCCUGCGGCCGGAGCGCGGAGGCGAGUGAAGAUGGCAGAGAGGACGUGACCUGCACUUGCCCUCAUCCGCCCACCGAGUGGCCCCGCCAUGCAGAAGCCCAGCGGCCUGAAGCCCCCCGGGCGCGGGGGGAAGCACUCCAGCCCCGUGGGCCGCACGUCCACUGGGUCGGCCUCGGCCUCGGCGGCAGCGGCGGCCACUAGCUCCAAGGAAGGCUCCCCCCUGCACAAGCAGGCGUCGGGCCCCUCCUCCUCCCCGGCCGCAGCUGCUGCCCCCGAGAAGCCGGGCCCGAAGGUGGCCGAGGUGGGCGAUGACUUCCUGGGGGACUUCGUGCUGGGCGAGCGGGUGUGGGUGAACGGCGUGAAGCCGGGCGUGGUGCAGUACCUGGGCGAGACGCAGUUCGCGCCAGGCCAGUGGGCAGGCGUGGUGCUGGACGACCCGGUGGGCAAGAAUGACGGCGCGGUGGGCGGCGUGCGCUACUUCGAGUGCCCGGCCCUGCAGGGCAUCUUCACGCGGCCCUCCAAGCUCACACGGCAGCCCACGGCCGAGGGCUCGGGCAGUGACGCCCACUCAGUGGAGUCGCUCACCGCCCAGAACCUGUCGCUGCAUUCGGGCACGGCCACGCCCCCGCUGACCAGCCGCGCCAUCCCGCUGCGGGAGAGCGUCCUCAACAGCUCCGUCAAGACGGGCAACGAGUCGGGCUCCAACCUCUCGGACAGCGGCUCUGUGAAGCGAGGCGACAAGGACCUGCGCCUGGGAGACCGCGUGCUGGUUGGCGGGACGAAGACCGGCGUGGUGCGGUAUGUGGGGGAGACGGACUUUGCCAAGGGCGAGUGGUGUGGCGUGGAGCUGGACGAGCCCCUUGGGAAGAACGAUGGGGCGGUGGCAGGCACCAGGUACUUCCAGUGCCCACCCAAGUUUGGUCUCUUUGCGCCCAUCCACAAGGUGAUCCGCAUCGGCUUCCCGUCCACCAGCCCAGCCAAGGCCAAGAAGACCAAGCGUAUGGCCAUGGGUGUCUCAGCACUCACCCACAGUCCCAGCAGUUCCUCCAUCAGCUCCGUCAGCUCCGUGGCCUCCUCCGUGGGGGGCCGGCCCAGCCGCAGCGGCCUGCUCACGGAGACCUCUUCGCGCUAUGCCCGCAAGAUCUCGGGCACCACGGCCUUGCAGGAGGCACUGAAGGAGAAGCAGCAGCACAUUGAGCAGUUGCUGGCUGAACGGGACCUGGAGCGGGCCGAGGUGGCCAAGGCCACAAGCCACAUCUGCGAGGUGGAGAAGGAGAUCGCCCUGCUCAAGGCACAGCACGAGCAGUAUGUUGCAGAAGCAGAAGAGAAGCUGCAGCGGGCCCGGCUGCUGGUGGACAGCGUGCGGAAAGAGAAGGUGGACCUGUCCAACCAGCUGGAGGAGGAGAGGAGGAAAGUGGAGGACCUGCAGUUCCGCGUGGAGGAGGAGUCCAUCACCAAGGGAGACCUCGAGACCCAGACGCAGCUGGAGCACGCGCGCGUUGGGGAGCUGGAGCAGAGCCUGCUACUGGAGAAGGCGCAGGCCGAGCGGCUGCUCAGAGAAUUAGCGGACAACAGGCUGACCACGGUGGCUGAGAAGUCGCGGGUGCUCCAGCUGGAAGAGGAGCUGACCCUGCGCCGCAGCGAGAUCGAGGAGCUGCAGCAGUGCCUGCUGCACUCGGGCCCGCCGCCCCCGGACCACCCCGACGCCGCCGAGAUCCUGCGGCUGCGGGAGCGGCUGCUGUCGGCCAGCAAGGAGCACCAGCGGGAGAGCGGGCUGCUGCGGGACAAGUACGAGAAGGCCCUGAAGGCCUACCAGGCAGAGGUGGAGAAGCUCCGGGCGGCCAACGAGAAGUACGCGCAGGAGGUGGCGGACCUCAAGGACAGGGUCCAGCAGGCCACCAGCGAGAACAUGGGGCUCAUGGACAACUGGAAGUCCAAGCUGGACUCGCUGGCCUCAGACCACCAGAAGUCCCUGGAGGACCUCAAGGCCACCCUGAGCUCGGGCCCGGGCGCCCAGCAGAAGGAGAUCGGCGAGCUGAAGGCGGUGAUGGAGGGGAUCAAGAUGGAGCACCAGCUGGAGCUGGGCAACCUGCGGGCCAAGCACGACCUGGAGACGGCCGUGCACGUGAAGGAGAAGGAGGCCCUGCGGCAGAAGCUGCAGGAGGCCCAGGAGGAGCUGGCCGGGCUGCGGCAGCACUGGCGGGCCCAGCUGGAGGUGCAGGCCAGCCAGCACCGGCUGGAGCUGCAGGAGGCCCAGGACCAGCGCCGCGACGCCGAGCUGCGUGUGCAUGAGCUGGAGAAGCUGGACGUGGAGUACCGGGGCCAGGCGCAGGCCAUCGAGUUCCUCAAGGAGCAGAUCUCGCUGGCCGAGAAGAAGAUGCUGGACUACGAGCUGCUGCAGCGGGCGGAAGCCCAGAGCAAGCAGGAGGUGGAGAGGCUGCGGGAGAAGCUGCUGGUCGCCGAGAACAGACUGCAGGCGGUCGAGUCCCUGUGCUCGUCCCAGCACACCCACGUGAUUGAGUCGAACGACAUCUCCGAGGAGAAGAUCAGGACGAAGGAGACUCUGGAGGGCCUGCAGGACAAGCUGAACAAGAGGGACAAAGAGGUGACAGCCUUGACGUCCCAGACCGAGAUGCUCAGGGCCCAAGUAAGUGCGCUGGAGAGCAAGUGCAAGUCGGGAGAGAAGAAGGUGGACGCCCUCCUCAAGGAGAAGCGGCGCCUGGAGGCCGAGCUGGAGGCCGUGUCCCGGAAGACCCACGACGCCUCGGGCCAGCUGGUGCUCCUCAGCCAGGAGCUGCUGCGGAAGGAGCGGAGCCUGAACGAACUGCGAGUCUUGCUGCUGGAAGCCAAUCGGCACUCCCCAGGGCCCGAGAGGGACCUGAGCCGUGAGGUGCACAAGGCUGAGUGGCGGAUCAAGGAGCAGAAGCUCAAGGAUGACAUCCGGGGCCUGCGAGAAAAGCUGACGGGGCUGGACAGAGAGAAGUCCCUGUCGGACCAGAGGCGCUACUCCCUCAUCGACCCGUCCUCGGCGCCCGAGCUCCUGCGGCUGCAGCACCAGCUGAUGAGCACGGAGGACACGCUGCGGGAUGCGCUGGACCAGGCCCAGCAGGUGGAGAAGCUCAUGGAGGCCAUGAGGAGCUGCCCCGACAAGGCCCAGACCAUCGGCAAUUCCGGUUCUGCAAACGGCAUCCACCAGCAAGAGGAAGCUCACAAACCGGCGGACAAGCACUGACCCCGCAGGACACCGUGGAUCGGCCCAGUCCACACCGGAGCCCCAGCCAGCUGCCCGGCGAUGCCCCCUCCAGGCAGGGGCCAGGACUGUCACUUUGGAGACAAGACAGUGUUUGUAACAAUGAUGUACUUGCCACCUCGGAAAAUCCCCCGCCCCAAACCCCCUGCCGGACCAGGAAGCUUCCUGAAGCGUGGCCUUCUACAGAGAGCGGUGCAGCCCUGGCCCGGCCCGGGGCCUUCAGCCCGGACACGCGGCAGCUUCCGGAGUCUGUGUGGGGAGGCGGAGGUGGUCCAGGCAGGCCCCUCCGCCCAGAAGCAGCUGCCCUGAGGACCGUCUUGGUGCCCUGGGCGCUUCCCUGGCCUCCCCUUCCUCCCCUCCCCCCCAGGUUCCCUUCAGACCCCAGAGGGGCGGGGGAGGCCCAGCUUCCCUGCUGGCCCCAGGAGGGAGGUCCCGUCGUUGGGAGCCAGGGGGGGCCCCUUCUCUGCGGCCCCUUCCUGGCCAAGGCAGUCCCCAGGGCUUCUUGUCCCCACAUACUGAGCCUUUUUUGAACAGUGGUACCAGUUCCCCUCAGCCUGUCUGCCCAGCCAGGCCCCCAGGUUCAAGGUGUCGGGGGCAGGGGGACAGGGUCUUUCUUGCCCCACUCUGACACCAACACGCUCACACCGCCAGGCUGCUGGCAGAGGUGUUCAGAGGCCGGGAGCCACAGUCACGGGAAGUCUGGAAGCCCCUCCCUCACCCCCACCGUGACGCUGGGCCAGCCUGGCUUGCAGCUGGGGCGGGGGCAGCCACAGUGGGUCCAGAGUGCAGGCUCGGCAUGUUCUGACAACCAUCAGUGAUAUGGUGUCCUCUGGGCUGGCUGGUGUUCCAAAAUUGGGCCUCCCACCUGCAGGUACACCGCUACAGGCCCUGGAGUCCACACCCCAUUCUCUCUCUCUCACACACACACACACACACACACACACACACACACACACACACACACACACGCACGCUAUCUCUCAGAGGGACCACGUGCACACGUGGCCAUGUGGGUGGUGGCAUUUGCAGUUAACCGCACUGAGGCCACGUGCAUACACUCGGGUUCCAGGACUAAGGCCCAGGCCCGGGAGGGCUGUGCCCACAGAUGCUACAAACAUUCCCGCAACCUGGACGUGCACAGACGUGCCCAGGACACGCAGCCAAGCUGUCAGGGAUGUGUGUGCCUCACACACGCAUCAGAACACGCACAUUCCAACAGCCCCUCCGUGGAGCUGCUCACGCCUGUGUCCUGCAGCCGGGGAAGGGACCGUAGGGCUGUUGGGGGUGAGGAAAUCCGGCGGCCUCCCUGUCUUCCCCUCACGCCUGCUUCAGGCCUGUGGCCGAGCGCCCCGCAGCUCUCCUCUGAGGACCACCGGUGGUUUAUUGCCUUGUCCCUCGGCGUCGGUGCCCAGGAGCUCAGGGAGUUUCCACGUGAGGCCUCCCCUGCCGGGGCCUAGAGGGAGAAGGCUGGUGCCCCAUUCUGGCUUUGCCGUAGUGCACGGGUCGGGGGCACUGUUCACAGGAACACCCCGGGUCACCUGUGAGUGCUGCCAGGUAUGGGCAGGUGGCACACACGUUCUCGCCCAGACGCAGCCCAUCUGGGGGGCAGCAGGCCCCGCUGGCCCCCUUCCCUCUCCCUGUUGGCUUUCGGUAGCUGUCGCAUGCACUUCUAUUAACAGCAGCCUAGAGACGAUGCUUUAGUGGCCUAACCCAGAGUCAAAAACUGCUCUUUCCAGCAAAGUCCAGCAGCUCUGCCUCACCCGCAGGAGGCGCUGAUUAGUCUACUAACAGCCAAAGGCCCCCCCGCAGGGCAUUGGGAGGGGCGAGCCCCUGGGCGUGGCCUCGCAGGUGACAGGUGUCCUAGAAGCGGUUUCCUUGAACAUCUGCCUGCCGGGGUGGCCGCCCAGGCGUGGCUCAGCCAUGCCCCCCAAGUCCCUCCCGCUCCCCUCCCCUCCCCACAGUGGAAUUGUUGAAGUGUGGCGAGUCUGUGCUCGGGACAAUAAAGCUUGUGACUGAG